UACAAACCAGCCUCAUAUCCUGUAAACUUGUGCUUCUGGUUGGUAAGCUCAGAAUCACCAAACAAAAAACCGUAAAAUAUUUUCUCCAUAGAAGAACUCAAACCAAGAUCCUCAACAAAUGGGUUGUAAGAUAAACUGCUCAAAUCCUCCAAUUCUAUGCCAAUUUAGCUCAAGAAAACCAAGUUAUAAAAUCAGCAUACCGGCUUUCUCUUCUUACAAUCCUAGCCAAGAAAACCCCAUGUACAGCACCACAACUACGCCGACUCGACUGCCAAAAACUGAUGCUUACACCAUUAGCUUCAAGACUCUUGGAGCUUGCAAACUUGGCAUCUCCAGAUAUCCGGACUUCGAAUACAACGCACAAGGUGGAGCCGGAACUGGGACUGGUACAAAAAAUAACACAGACGGCAACUUAAACGAGGAAAUUUCAGUUUCUUUUGACCUGAAAACUCUUUACAUCCCACCACUUACAAGUAGAACAACUAAGUUCUUGGGAUUGCCUUUGCCACCAUUUCUAAAGAUCGAAAUUGUCCCUGAACUCUUUCAAGGAAGCAUCAACCAAGAAACUGGCCAGGUUGACCUUGAAUUCACGGCGAAAUUCUGGUUUUCUGUGGGGAGUAUCUAUAAGGCGCUGCCAUUGCUAGUGAAGACAGUGCUGACAUCGGAGGAGUCAAAAGGAAAAAUCAGAAGUGGAAGAGGGGAGAGGUUGGAUAAAGAAGGGAAGUGCAGAUUGGUUGGGGUGGCAACUGUGGAUCCUAUUGGUGAUUUCUUCAUGGAUUCUUUUCUUAGCCUCCCAACUGAGUGCCUUGCUGACCUCAAUGCUCUCAUUUCCCUUUCUUGAAACAUAUCGAAAUGUAAAUGCAGAUUCUACACAUUCCCUGAUAAACACAAUGAGAAAAGAAUCCAAUCUUCUGUAGUAUAAA